UGCUACCGCUUCAACUUCAUCCUUAGCUUCUCUAUAUAAUCUUCUCCAUCACUUUCUGGUUCCCAACACAAAUUAAACCAAUUAACAUUCGUUUUCUCAACGUGGGAGACACAUGGCAUCACCACCUUCUUGUUCAAUAUCUCUCUCAACAGCCUCACCGCCGCCGUCUGCCGGAAAUAGGCCCCGACCUCGCCGUUCGUCGCUCAAAAUCCGUGCUCGGAGCUACAGAUCAGAAGAAGGGAGGGGAGGGCCUAUAAGGGAUGCGAAUUUGAGAGUGUUGAGGGAAAGAAUAGAAGAAGUGAGGGUGAAGGAGAGACUGGAGAGAUGUUUGGAGAGCGAGUUUGGGUGGAAUUACAAUAUUGCCAUCAAUGACUGCUGCAAGCACACCCGCAAGAAGAAGAUGGCGGCCAUGUCUGCAUUACUGCAACUUGUUUGUAAUGUUGGUGGGAAUAUUGGGUUAACUAUUUUGGGCUGUUCUUUCUGCCUUUAUCUUACUUCAAUCUUUAUUCAUUUCACUCUCUAAUAAAUUGUAUUUGCCAGUAACAUUACACAAUAAUGAUUGUAAUUAAUUGGAUGUGGAUAAAUAUUAAUUUAAUUCUUGUCAAUUCUCUUAA